GUGUUCUAUGAUAUUUAAUAUGUUUUGGAGAUAGGGGUAUAUUUUUUAAAAAUUUAUAACUGUAGUCUAAAUUCAAAUCAUUUCCAAAGUUAUUCUUAGGAAAGAUGGGAGUCCCGGCAUUUUUUCGUUGGCUAAGCCGUAAAUACCCGUCCGUUAUUGUGCCGUGUGUUGAACAAAAAGCCGUGGAUGUAAAUGGAACGCGAAUACCAACAAAUUCAUGCGAGCCGAAUCCAAACGGGGUUGAAUUUGACAAUUUGUAUCUUGAUAUGAACGGUAUUAUACACCCCUGUACACAUCCUGAAGAUAAGCCUGCUCCAAAGAACGAAGAUGAAAUGAUGAUUGCUAUAUUCGAAUGUAUUGAUCGGCUCUUUAAUAUAGUUAGACCCCGCAAAUUGUUGUAUAUGGCUAUUGAUGGGGUCGCCCCUAGGGCCAAAAUGAAUCAGCAAAGGUCUCGUCGUUUCCGAGCAUCAAAGGAAACAGUAGAAAAAGUAAAUGAAAUUAAGAGGAUUAGGGCGGAACUGCUGCUCAAGGGUUGUGAAUUGCCACCAGAGAAACCUAAAGAGGAACACUUCGAUUCCAAUUGUAUUACUCCUGGUACACCUUUUAUGGCCCGUUUGUCAGAAUGUCUGCAUUAUUACAUUCAUGACAGGUUGAACAAUGAUCCCGGGUGGAGGGGAAUAAAGGUUAUUUUGUCUGACGCAAAUGUGCCAGGAGAAGGAGAGCAUAAAAUUAUGGACUAUAUCAGAAAACAAAGGGCUCAGCCGGAUCAUGAUCCAAAUACUCAGCAUGUCCUGUGUGGUGCUGAUGCCGAUUUAAUUAUGUUAGGUUUGGCUACACAUGAACCUAACUUUACGAUUAUACGGGAAGAAUUUAAGCCUAAUAAACCAAGACCUUGCGAUAUUUGUGGUCAAUUAGGUCAUGAAAUGAAAGACUGUAUUGGAGGAGUUCGUAGUGAAUAUGGAGAAGAACCGCUACAAACUAUAAGUGCCGAAACAGAUUUUAUUUUUGUAAGAUUAUGCGUGCUGCGGGAGUACUUGGAAAAAGAACUUAGCAUGCCGAAUCUGCCUUUCAAAUAUGAGUUUGAAAGAGUACUGGACGACUGGGUUUUUAUGUGUUUUUUUGUUGGUAAUGAUUUUCUACCACACUUGCCAAGCUUGGAAAUCAGAGAAGGCGCUAUAGAUCGCCUGAUUCGUUUGUAUAAGGACUGUGUCUAUAAGACAGGGGGUUAUCUUACCGAUAGCGGAGACGUGAAUCUGGAAAGGGUUCAAAUGAUAAUGUUAGAGCUAGGAAAAGCUGAAGAUGAAAUUUUCAAAACUAGACAACAAAAAGAGCUGCAGUUUAAGGCACGGGAAAAGGCCAAAAAAAGGAGGUCUGAUGGCUAUUCAGAUUACAGGCCAAAUUGGAAUCUCAUAAAAAAUACCCAAUUUGCGCCAAGGGCAAUAGGUCAGGAGCAGGCAGUCCAAAAUGCUCGACAGGAGGCCUACAAUAUAAGAAGGGCCGGUAUGCAUACUCAGUCUAAUUCACAAGUCGAUAGUGGCCUCCAAGGUACCGACGCAAAGACUGCUCUACAGAGCAUGUUUAGACCUGCCGGUCAAGAUGAUUCUCAAUCAAAUGUUGCUUCCAAUAAGCGCAAGUUCGAUCAAGUCGAUAAUGAUAGCGACGACGAUCAGGCUCAUGACGAAGUGCGUUUGUGGGAGGAUGGGUUUAAGGACAGAUAUUACGAGUCCAAGUUCGAUGUUGCCCCGAAGCAAUUGGAGUUUAGGUAUUCUGUUGCUCUCCAUUACGUCAGAGGUUUGUGUUGGGUUCUUCGGUACUAUUAUCAGGGAUGCGCUUCCUGGAAAUGGUAUUAUCCCUAUCAUUAUGCCCCGUUUGCGUCGGACUUUUGUAAUAUCGCCGGUCUCAGCACCGAAUUCGAAGCAGAUACCAAACCCUUCAAUCCCUUGGAGCAACUGAUGGGCGUAUUUCCGGCAGCCAGUAGCAAACACGUACCCGAACCAUUUGCCAAACUAAUGUCCGAUCCUGCGUCUCCGAUCAUCGAUUUUUACCCGGACGAUUUCAAAAUCGACCUGAACGGCAAGAAAUUCGCGUGGCAGGGGGUCGCCCUGUUGCCCUUCGUCGACGAAGAGCGCUUAUUCAAAGCCCUGAAGCCCUAUUACGAUCAACUGAGCGAGGCGGAGAAAAAACGUAAUGUCAGAGGUGACGACAGGUUAUACGUCUCAGUGAAAAACGAAGGCUACGACAUGCUCAGCAAUCUGUAUAAAGCGAAGAUCGAUGAAAACGCGGAAAACGCGAUUUCCAUCGAAGGAAUGCGCGGCACCGUGUUACUGUCCGACGAUAGGGUGGAGAUCGACGGUAGAAGCCUGACGUCACCGGUGAAGGGGUUGCCCCCCGUUCACGGUAACAUAGUUGUGUGCGUGCGAUUUCGCGAUCCGAAGUACGGCAAAGGGUUCGUGUUUCCCGCGAGAAAGUUGAAGGGCGCCAAAGACCCGCCCAGAGUGUUGAAACCGGAAGAUUUGAGUCCCCAGGAGAAUCGACAAUGGAGAUCGCAGAUCGGUAUGGCCCCUGCCACUCAGAGGGCCUCCUUGGAUCUGCCGGGGCAUAGGAUGUUGGGUCACUAUGCGCCCAGAGAAAAGGGACCCUAUGGCAGUGUACCACCCCCUUCAGGGUUGGACAAUAGAAGAAGCAGUUACCCAUCUUAUUCCGGUCAGAGAUAUCAGGAUAACAGAGGGUACCAGGGCCAAAGACAGGACAACCGAGAUUAUUACCAGAGGCAGUCCGAUUACAGGGGCUACCAAGGCACCAACCAACAAAGUAACUACAACCAAGGUGGUCCGUACGGUCCUGGCAGUUCGUACAGCCAGAACAAUUACAAUCAAAAUUACAACCAGAGAAGUUACAACCAGCAGGACCGUAACCGACCUCCCGGGCCCUACAGAGAUAGAUACGUCAGCAAUAACAGAUACAAUUAUGGACGAUAGAUACAGUAUUUUGACAGGACCCGAAACGUUUUUUGACGGCAAGCUUAUAGAUUAACGGACAGAUUUCAUUACGCGCUAUUCUUUACUUUUUAACUUUUUUAAAGUGGAAUUUUUAAAAUUCGACCCCAUUUUUGUGUCGUUUUACUGUUUCGUUCCCGUUCGUUAGGAAAUUAUUGGUGUUGGCGUUUUUUUUCAGGAUAUGUAAGCAUCUCUUUUCCGUUUACGUCAAGUAAAUAUUAUA